UCAAAAUUGGAAAGCCCAUGUUCCACGUGUAAACUUUCAUGGUUUCUCUUUCUCUAAACUGAAAGCAAACAGCAGAGGUUACACGAGGAGCUACAGGACUAUCAGACAUCUCCCGCUAUUUCCCUUUUUAGUCUCGAUUAAAGGGAAAGAGAGAGAGGCGCGUUGCUGGCUUUCAGGAGGAAGACAGAAAACAAAGUAUAUGCUGAACAAGGAAAUAUUACCGUCUCCAGCCGUAAGCCAGUGACCUGGGUUCGCAGCUUCCCCCCGUGCCUCUAUCGAGGAGUCAGGGCGGGGCGGAGACUGUGCGAGAGGCGCAGGCUGCAGACUGCCUCCUGGCAGUGUAGGCCCCGUUGUCAGGGUAACCAACCUCUUUAGCCCCGACUUGUUCCCCUGGACUACAGCAAUGUGAUUUUAUCCCUAAAAGAAGUGUAACUAAUCGAAUCGACAUUUAAUGUCCAUCUCCCAGACCAAAUGGAUGCGAUGGUAGUGUCCCUACUCCUGGACUAAGAGGCCCAGGUGGAAGUCCCAACUGCUCCAGAGGUGGAAAUACAAAAGGAACUGAAAUGAUGCAUUCCAUGGACAAACCACUGGAGGGAAGUAGCUUUGAGAUCCAUUAUGUGACUGGCGACCUGUUCAAAUGUCCUGAGCAGGAUGCACUGGCGCAUUGCGUCAGUGAAGACAUUCGUAUGGGAGCAGGGAUAGCAGUAAUUUUCAAGCGGAAGUUUCAAUCUGUUGAAGAGCUGCUGAAUCAGAAAAAGAAAGUUGGGGAUGUGGCAGUGUUGAAAACAAAAGACAGAUACAUCUACUAUUUGAUUACAAAAAAGAAGGCCUAUCAAAAGCCAACUUAUGAUGAUCUGCAGAGCAGCUUGGAGGCCAUGAAGACACAUUGCCUGGUAAAUGGAAUCUCGCGGAUCUCGAUGCCCAGGAUUGGAUGUGGACUGGACCAGCUGAAGUGGGACAGAGUUUCUGAAAGAAUUCAAGAGGUCUUUAAGAACACUGAUAUCAUCAUCACUGUGUACUCUUUGGAAGCACCCACUAAGUUCGCCACCUAUGCCAAAUGACAGCAUACGUUAAUAGUAACUAGAAUGUGAAGAUGGGUAUUUGAAUUCUUAGUUCUUUAACUACUUUGGAUUUCAAGUAGUCUCAGAUUUGGCAAAAAUAACUUAUGUAGGUGAAUUUACUUGUAAGUGAUUUUUAAUGUUUGGGAAAAAAUAUUGAUAGGGUUGUUCUCACCUGCUAGGCAGUAUGUCAGAAAGAUGACUUCCUCUGGGAAAGGCCUGCUGAACCCACUGGGCAUUUGAGAAACUACUGGACCUUCUCCAGAAUCAGGACCCUGCUGAGAGCUUCCAGGCUUCCAUUGGAUAUGUGGCGGGAGCUACUGGAAUGCCAUUUUUUUUUUUUUUUGAGAGACGCAGGAUUGUGUAAUGACCAAGUCCACAAGUAAUAAAUGAUGGCUAGAAGGAUUUCACAGGUGGGGGGCCACAGGAAAGGUAGCGUAGUGGUCCUUGACAGCAAGGGUAUUUGAGGUUAAUCAAAUUUUCCUCCCUUUUAUGGGGGGUGCUCACCUGAUUAAAUAUCUGUUUCCCAAAACAGUUAAGGCAGUGAAUCUUCAAGGUUGCCCGUUUUUCAUCAAAAUGGUCAAAAUAUCUUCAAGAAUUAUUUAUUUUGAAAUGAAACAUUUCCACCAUUUCUGUGGACAAGAACAGGCAUUCACCCAUUUUUUUUUUUUUUGUUUUUUUUUUGAUGCAGCUUCAGUUAAACAAUGAUUCAAAUCUUGCUUCGCUAAAAUAUGUAGUUAGCCAGCUCCCUUAUUCUUGGCGCCUAAACUUAUUAUGCUCUCUCAUCUCUUGAAUCUAACAUGAGAAUGUAAAUGCUUAAGUUCAUUGGAAAUUUGAGUUAAUAAAAUAACUUGCAGAGCAAUAUUUAAUGGCA